GCGGCUGCAGGAUUUAUUCUCAGGGAUCGCACCCAAACACACACCCACCCACCUAGUAACAUAUUACGGUCUUGUCUACCUAUCUGAAGUUGAAUUUCAAACUCCGGGUCGCAUCAAAUUCUCAUGAGACUCUCGCUGUCAGUUUCGAAGUCGUGGUGAUCGGGUAUUCAUCAGAACAAGCACAGUGAGUAGGCUGGUUGUGAUCCUGUUCGUAAAUAUGCUUUUAUGCUUUUUUUCGAUACACAGUGUAAAGUGUCUUUUGUGCUAAAUAAUGCUUGAGAAAUCUCACUACUCCUGUAUUCUGGUAAACGGAAUAUGUUGACAUUAGUGGGACUUGCCGUGAUUAGAGUUGCUGUCCAUAUUUUCCGUCACACUACUUGUGUGUUUUUUUUUUUGCAAACGUUUCUAAUGACUUUAAUUGUUUGUGAGAGCAUUUACUUAUUUUAAUCUCCUGGAGGUAAAAGAACUAGCCACAUAAGUAAUUUUAUGUUUGACACUCUACUCUGCAUACGCUGAAAAAUGCAGUUCAACAACUGCAUGAUUCCAGAAAUAUAUCAACCAACCAAUUAGGUCAGCUCACUGACCACUCCCGCCCCCUUCAGAAAUCUAGUCAAUUAUCCAAGUCUAAACACCAAAGGUACACAGUGCAUACAGGUAUCUGCCCCCGUGUAUGUCUCAGAUAUUUUAAUGAGCACAUCAGUGGCAGUCAGACAGCUGGACCUUUGUAGGGUUACAUCCCAUGACUGUGAUGUUGUGCUCAUCGAUUUUCAGACGUGUGAGUACAGGGGCCAGAGUCACUUAAGCAGCAGGUCGCCGACGGGAGGUGACAGAGAUGAAGGCUUGACUACAGAAAUGCAGGUGGUGGAGACCCAGUCCAAGAGUCUCUGUACGGACAUGACAACGAAGGAAGAGAAGAGUGCAGGGGAGGUGAUGAAGAUGAGAGAGAAAGAUGAGCAUUCAGAGCAAGAAAGUGCAAGCAUAAAUAAAUCUGUCCAACAUCAGUAUUUCCAAAGUUUGACCUCACAGGGAGUGUCUCUGAAGUGCCAAGAUCCAGAAGGUGACGGUCCCCAUGACCAGCACCCAAAGGUGGAGCAUUUCCUAGGUCAGCCUGUCCAGUAUGAGCUGGAGGACAGGGACAGACUAAGCGUACUCACCUGGAACCUCGACGGGCUGGACAGCGAAGACCUCCUGAGGCGUGCCGGGGGGCUGUUCUCCAAUAUUAAAAAAUAUCGGCCAGAUGUCUUACUGUUGCAGGAACUUGUACCAGAAUAUUUGCACUGCUUGAAGAAGCAUUUUGUAAAUUACACCUUUCUUCAAGGAAGUGAUGAAGAUUACUUCAGUGGGAUCAUGCUGAGAAAGUCCAGAGUACAGCUGCUCCACAGCAACAUUGUUAAGUUCCGCACAACAUCGAUGGGCAGAAACCUACUUCUGGCUUAUGUGAGCUUCUUUGGCCGCGAGCUGUGUGUGAUGACCUCCCACCUGGAGAGCUGCAAAACAAGCUACCAGGAGCGGCAGGUCCAGCUGACGAAGGUGUGGACGCGGAUGAGGGAGGUACCGAAGAACGUCUCCGUCAUAUUCGGAGGGGACACCAACCUGAGAGACAAGGAGGUGAGCAGGCUGGGGGGGCUGCCUGAGGGCAUUUGCGACGUUUGGGAGGCACUGGGCGAGCCGGAGGACUGCAGGUAUACGUGGGAUACGGAAACCAACGACAACAAGGACAUUCCCCAUUCGGUACGGCUACGCUUCGACCGCGUUUUCCUGCAGGCGGCCAGAGAUGGGCCAGCAGUAACCCCUGAGAGCAUGGAGCUGAUCGGCCAGGAGAGGCUCAGCUGUGGGUACUUCACCAGUGACCACUGGGGAAUCCUGUGUGCCUUCACCGUCGGACCAGAAGUACCUACAAAUAAGAGUUCCUGUAAAAGAAGAAGGAAUAAAAGAAGGGAACAAAUGGGGAUCAAUGGAGGUGAAAGUCAUUCAGAGACCAUGAGCGGUCAGGUCCUCGACGGAGACAACGUAAAGAAGGGUCUGUCCCUGCAAGGGGAAUCAUCCCAGAGCCUGGAUUCAGGGGCAGAAACUCCCCAGGACCCAGGACAACAGACUGAAUGCUUCCUAGGACACCCUGUCCAAUGUGAGCUGGAGGAGAAGGACAAGCUAACUGUGCUCACGUGGAACCUUGAUGGACAUGACCAAGAGCUGAAGCGUCUUGGUGGGCUGUUCUCCAACAUUAAAAAAUAUCGCCCUGAGAUCAUACUGCUGCAAGAAUUCAAAACACCAUAUCUGAGAUUCUUAAUGAUACAUUUUAAGAAUUAUCAUAUUCUUACAAGACAUUUUUCCAGUUACUUCACAUGCAUCAUGCUAAGAAAGUCUCGAGUUCAGUUAUUAAGUUAUAAGACAGUUAAGCUUCCUUCCAAAACGAUGCAACGGGACCUACUUAUGGCUCAUGUGAAGUUCUGUGGGCGUGAGUUGUAUGUGAUGACCUCCCACCUAAUAUACGGCAAGGAGAACUCUCAGGAGCGGCUAGACCAGAUCGGAAAGGUGUGGACACAAAUCAGAGAAGCACCGGACAACGUCGCAGUUAUUUUUGGAGGGGACACCAACUUGAGAGACUGGGAGGUGAACAAGCUGGGGGGGCCGCCUGAGGGCAUUUCCGACGUUUGGGAGGCACUGGGCAAGCCGGAAGACUGCAGGUAUACGUGGGAUAUGGAAACCAACGACAACAAGGACAUUCCUAAAACAAUACGCAUGCGCUUGGACCGCAUUUUCACGCGAGCAUCCACAGAUGGCGCUGCAGUAGUCCCCAAGAACAUGGCACUGAUUGGGCAGGAGAGACUUAAUUGUGGGUUAUUCGCCAGUGACCACUGGGGAGUCCUGUGUGACUUCACUGUUAAGCCGCAAGACACGCCGCAUGAGAGUACCUGCAAAAGACCACCAGAGGCCAAUGUAAAAGAGGAGGAAAAGAAGGAAGGCGAUGAGAUGAAGAAAAAUGAAGAGGAACCUCGCAGCAUGUCCAACCAUGACAAGCCAAGCAAGCAACCCAGUAAAGCAGCCAGAAUGGCAAUUUCCAUAGGUAAUCUUUUCAAGGAACAUGUGGAGGACAAAGACAAGCUGACUGUUCUUUCCUGGAGCCUUGAUGGGCUUGAUGAAGGUGCAGAAAGGCGUUGUGGUGGGCUGCUCCGCAGCAUUAACAAAUACCAGCCAGAUAUUAUACUAUUGCAAGAAGUAAUUCCACUAUAUCUGGCAGUGCUGGGCACAUAUUUUUGGAAUUAUGAGAUACUUCCAGGAAGUGAUGAUGCUUCCUCCACUUGCAUCAUGUUGAAAAAGUAUCGAGUACGACUUCUACGCAGCGACGUCGUUAAUUACCCCACAACGGAGAUGAACAGGAACCUACUCAUGGCUUAUGUGAACUUCUAUGGCCGUGAGCUGUGUGUGAUGACCUCUCACUUAGAGAGUGGUAAGGAGAACUCCCAGGAGCGAAUGAACCAGCUCAGGAGGGUCUGGAAGAGGAUGCGGGAGGCACCGGACGAUGUCACCGUCAUAUUCGGAGGGGACACCAACUUGAGAGACUGGGAGGUGAUCAAGCUGGGGGGGGCGCCGGUAGGAAUCCUGGAUGUUUGGGAGACACUGGGAAAACCGGAAGACUGCAGCUACACGUGGAUUUCCACUGGCAGGGACGACAGGAACCCCGUGAGGAUACGCUUUGAUCGCAUUUUCCUGCGGCCACCCGGAGAUGGAGCUGCACUGGUGCCUGAGAAGAUGUCACUGGCGGUCUUGGGGAGGCCGCAGUGUCGUGCGUUUGGCAGCACGCACUGGGGAGUCCUGUGUGACUUUGCUGUCAGUCCGUAGCAAAGCCAGUCGGAGGAUGACUCCCUACAGCUACAUUAUAAACACUGUAAAGAUCAAACCAUUAACAUAUUCUGCCCUGUAAAAUAACUGGAACUAAUUAAGCAGAGCAAAUUUAGAUGUCUUAGCUUCCUCUGAACUCACAGACUCCAGUUUAUUAACGACCUUACCUAGCUUGAUUAGUCUGUUAACGGUCGUAAUACUACUCAUUACUGUAUAGGGUAUUCGGUUACGCUCUUCGGAUAAAUUCGUAAGACAUUUCCUUUGUACUUUCUGUAACUUGAUUAGGAAGAAGAACGUUAUAUCUGAGAGUUCUGAGAUUUUAACAUAGUAAGAGUCCAUGUUAUUGGUUCAUGUUAUUUAUUUGUUUUGACAUUACGGUACAGGCCACAUAUUAGGAACCCUAUACUUAUAUUAGGACUGGGUUUCUGCUGUUUAUUUGAAUUUGAGAAACUGACAUAAUCAGAUCAGUCAGUAAAGCAUAUUUAAAACUCUAAUUUUUGACAAUAUAUUAUAUCAGCAAGUUCUAUUUUCCUCCUUAAAAUCUGUUAUAUUGCAGACAAAUUUUUCAUAUUGGUUGAGCCCUAAUGCAAACCCACAUUAAAGUUUAAACUUCAAGACGGAAUGAAGAUUAAAUUAUUGCUGAAGUUUAAAUGAUGAGCUGAUGUUUGAGUACUUUGCCUGUGGAAAAUUGGAGGUCAGUAGUUAAUUUGGUGCUCUGUAAAAAUUCAUACCAUACAGAAUUUUCCUCCAGGACUUUAGAUUCUAUCUUUUUUCCAUCUGCUGGAUUUACUUGAAUAGUUCAUUCCCAGUUUGUAACAGCUGUUGGUAGACUGUCAGUUUUUCCAGUGAUAUCAUCUCCCAGUUUAAUGGCCUUUAAUGACUCUGUCAUGUUUUAGCGUCUUACCAAUACUAUACGGUUUCCCCUGUUUGAAAUAUAUAUUUCUCCAAAAAAUAAAUAUAUGCUUCAUGUACACAA